GCGCCCUCCGACGGGCGGAACCGGCGCGACACCCCCGGCCGAGCAUGCGGGAGCUGGCGCGGCGCAGCGGCCGGCGGCUGCGAGAGAGCUUCCUUCUGCCCUUUGUCAGGAGACGCGCCUCCGACGGACGGCGGCGGGCAGCCGGGGUCCGGAAGCCUGAGCGGGCGGGACCGAACCGGGUCGAACUGGGUCGGCGGGAACGGGGCCGCCGUGCCUGGGCACGCCCCGGAUGCCGCGCUGCGUGGCAGAGCCGGGAGGACAGCAGGUGGCAGCGGGUCCCUGAUGCCCUGGACGUACCCAGUGCCCUGGAGCUGCUGGCGGGUCCCUGAUGCCCUAGACGUACCCAGUGCUCUGGAGCUGUCGGCAGGUCCCUGAUGCCACGGCCGUGCCCGGUGCACUGGAGCUGCUGGCGGGUCCCUGAUGCCACCGCCUGCUCUGUCCUCUGCCGUCUACCCUGCGCCUUUUUCGUGUUUUAUUAGCAAAUGGAAAAGCUUCUGAAAGAGCGAGCGACUUCCCAAGAUCACGCAGCCGCCUGCCCAGUGCACUUGCAUCUUUUUGUAGAUUCCAGUUCUGCCCACAGUUCUCUGCCUUUACCCCGAAACUACAGAAAAUGAACAAAUCCCAGGGCUCCGUCUCAUUCACGGACGUGACCGUGGACUUCACCCAGGAGGAGUGGGAGCAGCUGGACCCCUCGCAGAGGAUCCUGUACAUGGACGUGAUGCUGGAGAACUACAGCAACCUGCUGUCAGUGGAAGUCUGGAAGGCUGAUGACCAGGUUGGGGGCAAACCCGGCAGCCCCGAGGCAGCAACAAGGCCCUUCAUCACCCGUGGGAGCCCCUGCGGGAGGCCGCUGCUGCUGAGCCCAGACUGUGUGUCCGCAAGACAAAUGCCCUACAAGUAUGACUUGUACGAAAAAACUCUGAAAUAUAACUCGGACUUACUUACGAGUAAUAGAAGCUAUGCCCGGAAGCAAGCUGAAGGGUGCAAUGGGUUUGGCAAACCGCUGUUGUUCCUGAAACAAGAAAAGGUACAUCCUGGAGGGGAAUACCCUGAACGUAAUGAAAGUGGAAACGCUCUCAGACAUAAAGAAGGCCUUUUUAAACACCAAAAAAUGAAAAAUUUGGUUCAGCCUUUUAUCUGUAACUACUGUGACAAGGUCUUCUCCUUCAAGUCACUCCUCAUUAGUCAUAAGAGAAUUCACACUGGGGAGAAACCCUACGAAUGUAACGUAUGCAAGAAAACCUUCUCUCAUAAGGCCAACCUCAUCAAACACCAGCGAAUCCACACUGGGGAGAAGCCCUUCGAGUGUCCCGAGUGUGGCAAAGCUUUCACCCACCAGUCCAACCUCAUUGUGCACCAGCGAGCGCAUAUGGAGAAGAAGCCCUACGAAUGCAGCGAGUGUGGGAAGACAUUUGCCCAGAAAUUUGAACUCACUACACACCAGAGAAUUCACACUGGGGAGCGGCCCUACCAGUGUAACGAAUGUGCAAAAACCUUCUUCAAGAAAUCAAACCUCAUUAUACAUCAGAAAAUUCACACAGGGGAGAAGCGUUAUGAGUGCAGUGAGUGUGGCAAGUCCUUUAUCCAGAACUCACAGCUCAUCAUUCACAUGAGAACUCACACAGGGGAGAAACCCUAUGAAUGCACUGAGUGUGGCAAAACAUUCAGCCAGAGGUCGACUCUGCGGCUGCACCUGCGCAUCCACACGGGGGAGAAGCCAUACGAGUGCUCCGAGUGCGGGAAGGCCUUCAGCAGGAAGUCCCGCCUCGGUGUGCACCAGCGAGUCCACAGGGCGGACAAGCCCUGAGGCCGCCGCCUGGUCACACUCCCAAAACCCGUCCGAGAGGAAGAGCUGCCUGCAGGUCCCGAGGGGACGUGGGCACACCGCGACGGCGCCGAAGCAGCAGGCAAGAGAA